ACUCACUAGAGACUGCUCCUCUGAGUUGUUUUGGUUUGUUGUCCAGCGGCAGACAGGUUUACUUCUUCCUUUGUGGUUUCGUUCUCUGAUUUUUGUUGCCGGUACUCCUAUGCAGCGAAGGACAUUUCGCUAACGAGCGUCACUGGGUUCUGAUCCGUCCACUUUUGAAUCGGUCGGUUUGAGCUUCCCCGGCUCAAAGGCGGAAAUCCAAGAGAGAGUGAGCGGCAUUUUUUAAACGCAGAAACCAGGAAGUCUACCUCCGACAUGGAAGCCACGGUGGAUUAUGGCCCCUACGAGUACGAGGAGGAUGAGAACAGCACCAUGUGCGACUACUCGGAGUGGGAGCCCACCUUCUCCCUCAUCCCCAUCCUCUACAUGCUCAUCUUCAUCCUGGGUCUCUCGGGCAACGGCGUGGUCAUCUUCACCGUCUGGAAGUCCAAGGCCAAGCGGCGGGCGGCCGACGUCUACAUCGGCAACCUGGCGCUGGCCGACCUGACCUUCGUGAUCACCCUGCCGCUGUGGGCGGUCUACACCGCGCUGGGCUACCACUGGCCCUUCGGCGUGGCCCUGUGCAAGAUCAGCAGCUAUGUGGUGCUGGUCAACAUGUACGCCAGUGUCUUCUGCCUCACCUGCCUGAGCUUCGACCGCUACCUGGCCAUCGUGCACUCGCUGUCUAGCGGGCAGCUGCGGUCCCGCAGCACCAUGCUGGCCUCGCUGGCCGCCAUCUGGCUGCUGUCCUUCCUGCUGGCGGUGCCCGCCCUGCUGUUCCGCACCACCGUGCACGACCCCAGCAGCAACCGCACCACCUGCGGCAUGGACUUCAGCCUGGUGACGCCCAGCCGGCUGCAGGAGCCGCAGUGGAUCGCCGGGCUCAGCCUCUCCUCCUCAGCACUGGGCUUCCUGCUGCCCUUCCUGGCCAUGACCGUCUUCUACUGCUUCAUCGGCUGCACCGUCACCCGCCACUUCAACAACCUGCGCAAGGAGGACCAGAAGAAGCGGCGUCUGCUGAAGAUCAUCACCACCCUGGUGGUGGUCUUCGCCUUCUGCUGGACUCCCUUCCACGUGCUGAAGAGCAUGGACGCCCUGGCCUACGUGGAGCUGGCCCCCAGCUCCUGCUCCGUGCUCACCUUCCUGCUCCUGGCCCACCCCUACGCCACCUGCCUGGCCUACGUCAACAGCUGCCUCAACCCCUUCCUCUACGCCUUCUUCGACCUGCGCUUCCGCUCCCAGUGCCUCUGCCUGCUCAACCUGAAGAAGGCCAUGCACGGCCAGAUGAGCUCCCUGUCCUCCCAGACGCAGAAGACCGAGGCACAGUCGCUGGCCACCAAGGUGUGAGGGAGAGGAGGGGACAGGUGGAGGGUUGGGGGGAGGCGGGGGGCACUCCGCCCGUUGCCUCUCUUUGACGCUGCAGGUAAAUCAAAGACUUUGUGUGCAGACACCUUUUUUUCCUUCCCCUGCCGGUUGCUUCUUCACGGGGGCGUGAGAAAAUAUGCAGGCAGGAGGGACAGUGAUGUGAAGCGCGAUGAAAGGGACUCUUUUUCAGGUCCAAGCUGCAGCUUGUGCACGCGUGCUAGAGGCAAACCUGCAGGUUCUGCGAAUGGCAGCACCAGCCCAUGGUUCUGGUGUCGGACUGUCGCCAUGCAAGCGCACUCUCACGCCUCUCAGCAUCCUCGCAGUUUCCAUGGAGAUGAGAGUUUCCCCUCCCUGGACUGGGACCCUGGUCCUGAUGUUCAGAGCCCAAAGUAACUUUUCUCCCCACUCACCUUUCUGCCAGGGACACAUGUACAUCUAUUAGGAACGGAACUGUAUUUCUUUGUAUUAUGUAGAGCAGGCACUGUUGGUAAUGAGUUGGUGGGGGGCUUACCUGGUUUGUGAGGUGGGCACACAUAGCCCUCCAAACACAGGAUUACAUUGGCAAAGAGACAUGUACAGUGAUUUCAUACUUUGGUUUCUGGCUGUUGCUGUUUUGUUCUUUUAGCACUUGUGUAAAGAGGAGUGAGAGAGAGAGAAAUAUUGUAUUAACCUUUCUCUCCUCACAGUUGUAUUUGUGUUUGUAAGGGUGAGAGACAUAGAUAGGGGUGGGAGAGAGUUUUAGCGCCAUGGGAAGGUGUUGGGGGUUGAUUACACUUGGAGGAGGAGAGGGGAGAGAGUGGGGGGUGCAGAUAGGCAAAUGGCAGCUUAUGAUUGCUAUCAUCAAGGGGAGGGAGAGUAAUAUGGGCACAGGGGUGUGGGUGGGGGGUGUUUGGAAUGGGGUUUGACAUACGCGAAUGAACUUCUAUUAUUUUUGCAAUGGCUGUGACUAACUACUGUAUGAUAUGAG